ACGGAAAGCUCUCCUUCCCUCUCUGACUGCCCUCUGCUCUUUUCAUUUGUUCUCUCAAUCUUUCGGGGAUUUCUGUGUCCUGAAUCCCUGCCCUACCACCAAAAUACGUGGGCUGAGCUCCAAACUUUGCUGAUUUGUACUCCAGUCUGUGCCUCCAACUCAGCAAAUCUGAAGGAUAGCGCCCAAUCUCGCGUAUACCCAGAAAGUUCUGCCUUUCCUUCUCCUUCCUUGUCUCCUAUACUCCCCAAAAUUUCCCCUCCUCCUGUGCCCUCUUCGCCCCCCUCCUUUGGGGGCCCCGUGACCCUGAAUGUGGGGGGCACGCUAUAUUCCACCACUUUGGAGACUCUGACCCGCUUCCCAGACUCCAUGCUGGGGGCCAUGUUUAGAGCCGGCACCCCUAUGUCUGCCAAUGGCAACCCCCAAGGAGGUGGCCACUACUUCAUCGACCGGGAUGGCAAGGCCUUCCGGCACAUCCUCAAUUUCCUGCGACUGGGCAGACUGGACCUGCCCCUUGGGUAUGGAGAAACAGCACUUCUCAGGGCAGAAGCUGACUUCUACCAGAUCCGGCCUCUCCUGGAUGCCCUGAGAGAACUGGAGGCCUCUCGAGGGACACCCGCACCCACAGCUGCCCUGCUUCACGCAGAUGUAGACGUCAGCCCCCGCCUGGUGCACUUCUCUGCUCGCAGGGGCCCACACCACUAUGAGUUAAGCUCUGUCCAGGUGGACACCUUUCGAGCCAACCUCUUCUGCACUGACCCAGAAUGUCUAGCUGCCAUGAAGGCCCGUUUUGGUGUGGCCGAUGGGGACAGGGCAGAGGGGGGCCCACAUUUUCAUUUGGAGUGGGCCCCCCACCCCACAGAACUCCCUGAGGUGGAGUAUGAGAGACUGGGGCUGCAGCCGUUGUGGACUGGAGGGCCAGGAGAGCGGCGUGAGGUGGUGGGAACACCGAGCUUCCUGGAGGAGGUUCUCCGGGUGGCUCUGGAGCAUGGCUUCCGCCUUGACUCUGUAUUCCCUGACCCUGAAGACCUGCUCAACUCGCGAUCUCUGCGCUUCGUACGACAUUGAGGAUGCGACUCU